GUUUUGCUGAAACUCAGAAUGGGUAAAAAUUUAUUGUUUUUUUUAUUUUCAAUAGCUUUUGUGUCGUGUGGUUACGAUUAUAGCUGUGAUUAUGAAUUUGGUGACCCCUCAUGGAAUUACUCCCAAGUGUUUCACGACAGAAAUCAUGUUAUAUCAUCCGGAACGACGCAUAAGAAUAUUUAUUUGACGGAUAGCAGUCUGAUGAUAAGCUUCGUUUGCGUAAACUUGAUCCGGGCUAAGCCGAAGGCGGCAAAAGUGUCUUUUGCGAGUUUGUUCAAACGUAUAUCCAUAGAACUGUCGAAGCCGCAUAAGCACGAAAUAACAGUUCAUGUACUGGCGAUGCAUCACGGAUACCUACGCAAAGUUCGACUAUACAACGUGUAACAAAGUCAAAGUCAAAGUUAAAAAUAUCUUUA